AUGGGGGAAAACACAUCAUACGAAAAUGGGUUCCUAAUAUUUGAAGAUUACAACUUUGUUACCUACACCAAAAGGCGCGGAAGGAGAGUCGACUGGCACGAAAAAAAGCAGCAUUUGCACAAUUUCACUGUUAGCGCGUAUCUUUAUAAACCCCUCCAAAAUUGCAAUCUCAGCCUAGUCAGUAACAGCGCAAACUUAAGACGAGCCACAGAAAAUAAGCUUUUCAAAAGGGUCCAACAGAACAUAAAAUGGCUAAUUAAAUUUAUUAUCAGAAUAAAAAGGAGAGUUAGAAAUAUAUACUUAUUUGUCAAAUUUGUUAGCUCAAAAUGUAUACUUAAACUGUCCACCUUUUACUAUUUAAAGUAUAUUGUGGAGAAGAUUUACGAUGAGAAGUUAGAAACAUCUGUGCGUGUAGUCUUACCCGUCUCGGAUUUGCACAAGCUUUACACCUUUGUCUAUCACCAGAAUUUUUGCUUUAUGAAUUAUUAUAAGAAGUUUCUAUCAAGGAGAGAUGCGCGCCAAUUGAGGCGGUUCUACUGCCCCGUCGUCGUCCUGAACGGUCCCAAUAGGGCCUUAACCAUACCCUAUGAGAGGGUGUACGGUCGAGACGUCGUAAAAAUGGGCAUACGGGAGGGUCGAAGUCCGAAAAAUUCCCCGAACACGGAUAAGUCACGAAGCGGGAGAAAUUCGCCAAAGGGGGAAACCCGCCCCAAUCCGAACAAACCCCAGCGUGGAAGUGUCACCACAAAAACGCACCAGAGAAAAAGCAUAAAAAUAAAGAAGGAGAAAAUAAAAAGAGUCAUAGGAAAAAACUUGCACACAAGCGAUAUAGGCCUCUUCGCCGGAACCUUCGACAAGAUGCAUUUUGGCCAUAUACUGCUACUUUUUUACUCCAUUUUUCUAACAAAGAAGUUUUACUAUGUCGGGUUAUACAAUAAUAAAAAUAUUAAUAAGAAAAAAUAUGCACAAGAAAUUGAUGACUUGAAGCUAAGGAUUUACAACAUAUCGGACGUCCUCUUCUUAAUAAAAAAUGUCUACCAAGUUGAAUUUUCCUUUCUCAAUUUUGAGCACAUCAUGCCAUUUAUAAAGAUAAAAAAUUCUCAUAGAAUUUUAUUUCAAAUUAUGAUGAAUCAGAAAAAUGAGUUAUUGGUCGGGCAUCGACAAGGGGGAUACAGAAAAUGUGAAGCUUCUACCCCUCACCGUAUUGAAGCCACGCCUGUGAACACUUGCACCACAAAAAGGAGAUACUUAGAAAAGUACCUCUCCCGUAGGAGCAAAAAAAGGUGCGUAACACAGUCAAGUGAAAAGACGUAUCAGGGGGUACACCAUUUCGGUACAAAUGAAAUGAAAAAAAGAAUUGAAAAAUAUUUACUUUUUCACGUCGGCAUUGUCAAAGCAAAGAGGUGCAAACAGAAGGACAACAAAAUUAUCGUGUUGAAGAGAAUACAUGACCCCUUUUCCUUCGCAGUAGAUAUUAAAGAUUUGUACUGCUUAACAAUGUCCAAGGAAUCUGAGGCUAACGGGUAUAAUUUGGUAAACAAAAGAAAAUUACAGAAGGGAAAUGAAAGUGCACAUUCAAAUAAGAGGCCAAGGGGGGGAAGAAUCUCCCCCGAUCAGAAAUGUGAAAAGUGCAAACAGAUCAACAUAGAACCAAACGGGGUGAUUACCCUUUUGGAAAAGCCAAGAACAAGUUUGAACAUUUUUGACACAAUCAAUUUAGGGGAUGGAGAGAAAAUCAGCUCCACAUUAGUCAGAGAGGAAAAUAUUUUUUUAAAAAAAAAAAAAUUUGCAAAAUUUUUAAGACAUUUCGUAGACGCUUGCUUAUUCUUUCACAUUGACCACUUCCUGAUACAGAUGUACGCCGAUAUUUUUUUGCACAAAAAUGGCAGGACCCCUUUUAAGAAUCUCUACAUAAAUAAGGUGAAAGAUUACUUUUGUAAGGGAGAAAGGAGCAAAUGGGAGACGCAGGGGAGUUGCAAGAGCGGCGGCCACAAAAGGGGCCACAAAAGCGGCAGAAAAAUGGAUCAUUUUAUUGUUAACGAUUUUUUCAGAAACCUAUUCGUCCUCUUAUCCUUCUUCGUCAACCAUUUUACCUAUCUGGAAAGUCGCACGCAUGAUAAAAUUCAACUUUUUGUCAAAAUCUCCAUCGCGCUGUCUUUUUUCUUUUACAAUAACAUGAUUUUGCUGUUAGUAAAAGAGAAGGAGGCGCUAAUAAACCAAAACUUCCGAAGCAAUCACAAGAAUGUGGAGCAGAGAAUAAGCAUGUUCCACACGUGUGAUGACAAAGCACUGCGAAUUUACGUGCACAAUGUGGAGGAGCCCCUUUUGGAGGAAGUACUCAAUCAGAUUCUGGUUUGGACCCUUUCACUGAUAUCCCUCUCCGUGCUGUGCAAGUUUUAUCACUCGGAAAUUCUUCCAAGGGUGAAAAGGGGGAAGUCGGUGCCUGCGCGGAAAUCGGCAAGAUGCAGGAAGUUUGCCCCCUUGGGGAACGCAGCGAAGAAAAUACUCAUCGCAAAGGAGCCAGCCCUUCAUCCCCCUGUGACCCCGCGCAAUAAUAGAUUCGUGAGGAGUGUCCCCCAAUGCAACCCGCAUAGAGGCCCAGACAAAUUGAGCAAAGAAGACAGCCGACAUAGGGAAGAGAAAGAGCAGUUCCAAAAGCCAGCCCAUGGUGGUUCUUCAUUACGCAAAAUGAACUACGAUGCAUACUUUUACAACUAUUGGAAGAACAGGGGGCUGCACAAACGGGGUCCCAUCGUCACGCCCUACACCCUUUUCAACCACUCCUUAACCAGGAGGUUUAAAAUGAGGAACUCCCUACUGCGUCACAACCCUUAUAUUGCGCGAGCGGUGGGUUUUUCCGGCAUGGCACUGGGGGGAGAGGCAAUCCCAUGUAGUGAAAAACCAGCCGUCAAGAGUGUGUCUCGUGCGUGUGGUUCAAACUGCGCGGAUGGCAGACAAUACGAGGAUGGCACACACUACCUUGAUGAGUCGCACCGUCCGCAGAAGUCGCAUAGCGGGGCCAACGGCAGCAGCACGCGGGUGAGUAUCGACAAGCCGGAGGGAGAUACCCAGGCGGAGGCACGACAAGAUGAAGUUUACCAUGGGCUGUCAUUAAAAAGAGAAAGGACAAUACUGAACAAUUUGUAUAAAAUAAAAAUUAGGAGUGAAGAAGACGCCCCCAGUUGGAUAAACAAAAUGACUGAUAAAGAGAUAGAGAACUACGUCAGGGGAAAGAAGACAAAAACGAGGAGCUACCACAAUGAAAGGUACACAUCGUUAAUGCAGAUAAAUAUAAAUAAUGGACAGGAAAGUUUCCCCUUCCGAAAAGUGCUGAUAUAUAAAUAUCUAGACAGCUACUUUAUCUCCUUCUUCUCCUAUUACAUCAUAAAGCACAUGGGGCUAAACCAAUGUGUAAAAGGUACCCAUAUAGAAUAUAAAAAAAUUCAUCAUUUGCUAUUCCUCCUCUUGGUGCACUUUGAGAAGCACAUUGAAAUGGUAGUAAAUAGUUUUCUUAAAAGGACGUGGGAAUUAAAACCGAAAAGAAGGAAACAUCCCUUUGACCCGUACGUCCUCUACCAGAAAAGGUAUUCGCUUAUUCACAGAUACUUCGCUAUGAAUUUAUCUCCCUUGAAUAACUACGACUUGGACUUUGAACGGAAGUACGAUUUUAAAAAGAGCGACACCACCUUUGCAGACACGCCCUUUCACAUCAAGAUACGGAAUUGGGGAUGUCCCAAAGGGGGUAUACCUGGAAAGGCCUGCAAAUUUGCAAACCAGUUAAGCGUGCUAACAUUUUAUAACACAAUUUUUCAAAGCAUUUUAACACACGAAAAUUAUUACUACCCCUUCUUCGCCUCACUCAAUUAUUUGUAUUUGGACAACACUUGA